AGUUAAAGCACAGGUAAAGCGCGGUUAAAGCCCCGCACGCGCGUGAGUUCAGUCCGAAGUGUCCGUUAAAACCGUUACAAGCUGGUUAUUAUUUAAAAUGUGAAAAUGUGCUAAAAAGAAAUAACGGCGCGUGCAGCUGUGGGUCUCCGCGUGCCUCUCCUUCUCUCUGUGCGCGUGCCGGGGGUCCGUCCCGCCGUCCAGCUCUCAGAGUGACUGACCGACCCUCCUCUGCUCCUCUCUGGAGGAGAAGCUCGCCUCGCGUCCUCUGCUCCUCUUCUCCGGUCCUCUACCUCCUCCUACUGCGGUUCACUGAGCUUCAGCAGAGAAGAGCUAACCGGGCUAAGUCAUGGUAAACUUUCUAGCUAACUAGCUAGUUAACGCUAGCUAACUAACUGUUAGCUUACUGCUAACAACUGCUAACUAGCGCUUCCACCACCACCAGCAGCAGCACAGCAGCAGCACAGCUCUGCUCAGCUCAGCCGCAACUAGUCGCAGCUGUGAAGUUGUGAGAGAGAGAGAGAGAGAAGGGGUGAGACGACGUGAGACGACGCUGGUGGUGAGAGAGAGUAAGUUAAAUCAGCCAGCCACUGACUGAGGCAGGAGGGGAAGCACAUCAUCUGUAGACAGACUCCAUCUAGUGACAAAUCUGGUGCAUCACCCGCAGUGCUCAGAUCAGCUCUUCACCUGCUGUUGCUGUUUACUUUAAAAUGUUAUGUGAACAGUGUCAUGUGGAUAUAUUUGCUUAGAGAAUUUUAUUACAGAGAUAAAAAGCAGAUUCGAGCAACAAGUUACCAUUUGAACUAUGUGAAUUCUGCUAUCCUCUACUCAAGAUGGCUAUGACGCUCCUGUUGGUGGCACUGUCCUGGACAUUACUUCAUUCCCGCUGCCAGUGUAACACUCUAAACAGUGUAGAUCUGGAGACACCAGACUCCAUGAAAACCUGGGUCAUCACCCGCAGCUCUCCCUGCAGCACCACGUGUGGCCUGGGCCUCCGCAUCCAGGAGCUCUGCCCUCUGGAAGCAGACAAGGUCAGCGGUACAGGCUGCCAGGUCCGCCAAGUCCAGUGCCUGGACAGCUGGCAGUGUGGUCUUCAGACUCAAACUGCUGCAGUGGGACAGCGCCUGGAGCUGGGCUGUCUGGAGGAAGUCAUGGAGACCAUGGGUUUAUUCGCGUUUGUGGUGACUUGGCGUUACGCUCGAGGCAUCAUUACUACAGAUGAUAGCUUGUUCGUUAGAUAUGACGUCCCAGGACUGGACAAAGUGGUCCUGGACCCUGUAAAAGAGAAGGAUGCUGGGACGUACCGCUGUGACGUGCAGGACACCUCCUACCACAGAGUGAAGAGGAUGUAUAAAGGAGUGAAGGUUUUAUCUCCACACGUCUUCAGCUUGGACUUCACUCAGGGAUUGAGACAGUGGGAGAAACCCCACAGCCUGUGGCCAAAUGUAACUCUGGUCACUGGGAAACUGUACCCCACCAGUACUGUCCUGAAAACAGUGCUAGUCAGCUUGGCCAUAUCCUUCAGCAUAGCUGUGAUCACCUUCCUUGGACUCCUGACUUUUUCUUACUGGAAAAAAAAGUCAAAGAGCAGCACAACUUCACCUAAACCUUUAGAAAACCAACUCUGACCAAUUCACUACCUGCUCUGCAUCUGUUCUGUGCAUAUGGCAAAUAAAGUGCAUGUGAUCAAUA